AUGCUGCGCUCCGUCAUCCUCUCGCUUGUGGCCGCGACCGCCACGUAUGCCCGCCACGGCAUCUACCACGAAUACGUCCACCCGAUGGCGGGCGGUAACUCUGGUAUCUUUCACGUUCCUGCGAGCACGGCCGUCACGACGUACCGCGCCACAUACCUCAAGGCCGUCACCGCCUGCCUCGACCAGACCCAAGACGACAUCGUUGGCUCUUUUGUCAAGGCCGUGCCCACAGUCAAGGGCCCGUGGAUGCUCGUGACGGACAUGAGUGCCACCGACGUGACAUCGGACGAUUGCCCAACCGUUCCGACGGCGUAUCGCCGGUACGUCAAGCAGCUCAACGCAUCGGUCGCUGGUUUCAUGAAGACGCUGCCGCAGGGCGACUACGCGACGACGGUCAUUGACGCAGUGUCUUGCGACUUUCACUUGCCGAACGUGGCGACGACCAACGACGACGAGGCGUGGUGGAGCCGACCCGCGACGCUUCUUGGUGGUCGCAUGCGCGCGUGGACGUUGCAGCGACCCGACGGCAGCUUUCUCAAUGUGACGGCGCCGGCCAAGACGCUCACGGUCGCGCUCGAUGUGAACGUGACCAUGUUUGGUCGCUUGAGCGUCGUCUCGAUCGACUCGAUGGCGGACGCUUAG